UCGGGACUGUCCAUAAUUGUGCAGGGUGCCUCUAAACUGUCCAUAAUUGUGGAGGGUGCCUCGGGACUGUCCAUAAUUGUGAAGGGUGCCUCGGGACUGUCCAUAAUUUUACAGGGUGCCUCGGGACUGUCCAUAAUUUUACAGGGUGCCUCGGGACUGUCCAUAAUUUUACAGGGUGCCUCGGGACUGUCCAUAAUUUUAAAGGGUGCCUGGGGACUGUCCAUAAAUUUAAAGUGUGCCUCGGGACUGUCCAUAAAUUUAAAGGGUGCCUCGGGACUGUCCAUAAAUUUAAAGGGUGCCUCGGGACUGUCCAUAAAUUUAAAGGGUGCCUCGGGACUGUCCAUAAUUGUGAAGGGUGCCUCGGGACUGUCCAUAAAUGUGAAGGGUGCCUCGAGACUGUCCAUAAUUGUGAAGGGUGCCUCGGGACUGUCCAUAAUUGUGAAGGGUGCCUCGGGACUGUCC